AUGGCUCGCUCAUGUCCAAGUCAAGACAUAGCGAUCCAACACACCAUCGGUUUACCCACACUUCUGUCGGUCAUUCCUUUAGCGUCCACAAUAGCCCACAUCCUCAAGCUAUACACACAAGCUGUCAUACUUGCAUGUCGCCCAAGCCUUGGAGACAUAUGUAUUCCGAAUGUCCCACAUAACCAUCUAUGCAUUGCAUGGGGUUGUACAGGCAUCCGAAUAUCUUCCUUCCAUCUUGGACUAGGCCAAACCCAAGCUAAGUCCAUCGAGUAUUGUCAAAUGCCUCGCUAG